AUGAAAUCAACAAGUAAUCGGUACUUGUUGAUAUUCUAUUCUUUAUUAGUGAUAUUCAUUUUUCAAUCAUGUGAUGCAUUACCGACCAUUAACAGUGUCGAAAAUACAGGUCAAACCAUUUCAAUUUAUGGUGCAGACUUUGGAAAUGCCAUCAACGAGGUGACAAUCACCUUUAACACCCAAUCAUUGCUUGAAUUACCUCCUACUAGCCUUGUCUCUAAUGGAUUGGUAAUCAUUACACCGGCUGUCCCCAUUUUGAAUGGUCAAGUGAUGGUAGCUGUCGCUGGAUGGGAAUCCAACUAUUAUCCAUUCACUCUAAAGCCUGUCAUUUCAAUGGGUAUUCGUCCAAACACGCUUGGUGGUAUUGCUAGUUUUCAAGGUUCAUGUUUAAAUAAAUUUAGAGCAAAUGGACAACUUACCAACUUUAUACUUACUAUUGGUGGUAAUGUGAUUAGUAACAGUGUUUUAACCUAUAGUACCGAUGGCACCUAUUUUAAUAUGACUGGGGUGGGAAAGGGUAGUGGUUUGAUCGCAUCAACACUUUCAAUUGACGGUGUAGUUACAUCUUUUAACAUGACCUAUGCUGCACCGACCAUGACAAAUGUAGCAACCUCUAUUAAUGUGAUGGCAGUAAUGGGUACAAAUUUUGGUAAUGUACCACAACUCAUAUCGAUGCAUUCUGUCAACUAUCCAAACAUUACGUUCCCCGCAACGUCGAUUGGUCAAGACAGCCUUACUUUUUAUGCCACUAUACCCGAUUGGGCCUGGACAGACUACUACUAUGUCAAGGUGAAUGGACAAGUGAUGUCCAAUGCACCACGUCUCAUUGGAUUCACUCCAUUCAUCAGUGGCGCCGACAAGAUCCCCACCGUCGGCGGUGCUGUUACCAUCACUGGUACAGUGUUGAGCCAUCCCACACUGCCACAGUUGGUCAAGUUCCAAGGUAUCUCAUGUCCAGUCCUCUUUGGAAAUGGAAGUAUGAUCGUGGCUGUCGCUCCUGCGGGAGGUGGAUCGACUAUUGAAGUGACUGUUUUCUCAAGUCAACCUUUUUACACAUCCUACUAUACCCCCAUCAUCGAUUCGGUUACUCAACAAGACAGUGGUCAAUUGGUUAUUCUAGGUCAAUACUUUGGCACACCGCUAAGUGUCAUGGUUGGCGGUGUACUCUAUUUGUCGUUGGUCUCUAAAAAUGCCCAGCAGACUAAUUUGACCAUUGUCCCAUCCCCAGCAUCAAAGAAUGGAGCUGUCAAGAUCGUUGUUUCCGAUCUUGUAUCCAACGAGUAUUCAUUUACUUUGAGACCUAUUAUCACGUCUGUCACAUCGGCCAACACGGCUGGUGGUCAGGUCACAAUUACCGGUAGUUUCCUCCAUAGUCUUCGUCAAGAUGGUACCACUGCACCCGUCUCUAUUGCUCUUGGUAGCACUGUGCCGACCGCUGUAACAAGCUGGGCAAAUGAUACGGGUGCCUACCUUGUCGUCAAUGUCGCCGCGGGAGUUGGUAAGGACCUUCCAGUCUUUGUCACAGUCGACGGUAAGCAAUCCAACCAAGGCAACUUUAGCUACAGCCCUCCCACCAUCACCUCUGUCACCCAGACGAGCACUGGCAUCAUUAUGAAUGGUGCCAAUUUUGGUGUGUCCUCUAGCACCACCACACCCAUUGUCAACAACAAGGACUAUACCCAAGCCACCUUGGCAGUCACCCAAACAGCCAUCACCGUCACCUUGGGUGCCGGCGAAAAGAAUGGUUACGUCAGCGUUGUUGUAGGUGGGCAAUUGGCCACCACCAAUCUCACACUUGAACUCAUCCCACUCAUCUCAUCCAUUGGCUCUAUAUCAUUGUAUGGUGGUAGUCUUGUCAUCUUUGGAAGAUACCUCAAUAACCAAGACUACCUUGGUAACACUAUACCGCUAUCUGUCAAGCUGUCAGAUACCCCAUGCACCAAUCCAGUCUCUUUAAUUGCUGGCCAACUAAAUUGCCAAUACCCAUCAGGUCUUGGAGGUGCAGAUGCGAGUAUUGUUCUCAUGGUUGGAACCCAACAAACCAACAAGUUGGUUUCUUUCCCAGCACCAACACUAACUUGGAUCUCACCUACCCAGGAUAUAUCAGAUGACAGCAUAACGAUGCAAGGUUCUAAUUUUGGAACACGUACAGACAAGAUUGUCGUUUUAAUUGGACAGGAACAAGGUACCAUCACUGGAUUAGCAACCGACUCGCUUGUCUUUAAAAUCUCCCCCACUAGUAGAUCAGGGCCUGCUAAAAUAAUUGUAUUUGGUCAAGACUCUAACCCCCUGCAAGUGGUCAUUUCACCCAAUAUUACCUCUCUUGACAAGGUCACUACUGCAGGUGGAACCAUCUCUAUUCUUGGUCAACAUUUUAAUAAGCUGCGAGUCAACGGUACACAAUCAACCAUCACCAUACAACUCAACUCUAAUACACCUUUAUCCACUGGUAUAGUUGUCCAAAGUACCGAGUUAAUCGAGUAUGUUUUACCAGCUGGCACUGGUAAAGGUCAGACACUCAUAUUGUCAAUCGAUGGUCAAACAUCGAGCAUUACAUUCAAUUACCCAGCCCCGGCUCUAUACAAUGUGAACCAAGUUCAACUACAAUCAUCAACACACUAUUCAACAAGACUAACUAUCUUUGGUUCAUCGUUUGGUACCAACAUUGACAAUGUUCAAUUAUUGUUCAAGAAUCAACCGGCAGCUGUAUUUGGACUGAUUACCUUCCUCAUGGAUGGUAUCAUCCAAGUAUCUCUACCAAACUUUGCAAAGAAUGACAAGAUCCUUGUCAACGUGUCUGGUCAACUGUCAAAUGAGUUUGAUUUUGAACUGUACCCAAUAUUGAAAUCUAUUACAUCGGCCGACUCUGUUGGAGGGGAAAUUACAAUUGGUGGACUUUAUUUAAAUAAUCAAAACGCUACUGGUGCACCAUUGACCAUUACAGUCAUGUUUCCUGGUAAUAAUCCAUGUACCAAUGUGCAAAAGAUUGCAGAUGAUCAAGACAUGUCCUAUAUUACUUGUAAUGCACCGGCGGGUACUGGAAUGGCCAAUAAUGUUGUAGUGACGGUUGGAUCUAACCGUGCCGAUAAUAUCAACUUUGCAUAUGGUGCACCUGUCAUCUCCUCUCUUAUUGUCAGCAAUACCAAUAGAGUUUCGAUAGUUGGAAAGAAUUUUGGUUCCCAGCAAUCGGGAGUGACAGUCUUUCUUACAGACGUAUCUCUACAAUUCACACAUGUCAACAGCACACUGCUCACAUUUGUUUCAGAUGGAGCUACCAAAAACGGACCAAUCUCUGUUCAAGUCAGUGAUGGUAGAUACUCUAAUCCAGUCGAAUUACAUUUGACACCAAUCAUUACAUCAGUUUUGAAACCCAUUAAAACCAGUGGUGACCAAUUGACCAUUGUCGGCUCGUUUUUGAGUGAAACAAGAUUCAAUGGAGCACCAACCAAUAUAGCAAUAGUCAUUGACCAAAAUCAACCAUGUACCAACCCAGUUGCAGAUGCCGAUGAUUAUUCAUCGAUCGUUUGUACUGCACCUCAAGGCUCUGGUACCAAUCACAUUGUAAGCGUUUAUAUUGAUGGUGUUCAAUCAUCGCCAUCAUCCAUUCCAUUCUCUUAUAUUGCACCUUCAAUCAGUGGUAUCACUCAAUUGGCAAGUAGUAACCAAUUAACAAUCUAUGGCGCAAAUUUUGGCGGGGAUCUAUCAAAGAUAUCAAUCAACAAUGAUAUCCAAAUCGUAUCAAUUACCAACCCAACCAUGCUCAUUGCAACACUAUCGAGUUUGUCCAAAAAUGGAAAUGUUAGAAUUGUAGUGGAUGGACAAACAAGUAACGACUACUUAUUCAAUAUUAAAUCAUUGGUUACAUUGAUUUCAUCGGCAUCACCAUACGGGGGUGUUGUUGAGAUUACAGGUAAUAGGCUUUGGACCGUCAGAUCAAAUGGUACAUUUACAGAUAUUGUCAUCAAGAUUGGAGGUUAUCCAUGUACAAACAUAUCUCGUACGCCCAAUAAUGAUGAAGAUGGAACAAGUAUUCAAUGUACUAUUGGAGCUGCAAGUUUAUAUCAACAGGCUCCAACAAUAUCAAUAGAUUCUGUUGUUUGUGAUAUUGGGUCGGUAGAAUAUACUUCCAAAGAACCAGUUGUCACAUCAAUUGAUUCCACCUAUUUCCGUGUUCCAGGCCAAGUCACCUUGCAUGGUGACCAUUUCUUUGACCCCGUUUCUAUUGAAAUUGGAGGUGACACUUGUUUCAAUCAAGAAAUAGUCGAUCGAUACACUGUUACUUGUUACUAUGAUAGUUUGAUUGGGAGCAAUAGUAGUCAAGCCUUGAAUGUAUAUGUGGGAUCUGGAGAUCUAGAAGUCACACUGUACGGAAUCUACAAAUACCGUAUAUUGGACUGCCACAACGAUUGUUCAUCAAAGGGACAAUGUUUGGUAUCGUCGGGCCAAUGCAAAUGUGACCAAGGAUACACUGGAUCAGAUUGUUCAAUCCCUUUCACGGCAUCAAUCACCAAUACCCCAACCACAACAGUAUCUGGUGGUUCAUUUGUAGCAUACAACAGUACCGUUGAAUUCCUGUUAUCUCAUAUCCAAGAAAUCAGAGACAAUGGAACAGUCGUCAAGACCAUUUCACUGGUUGGUGCCAAAUGGGAUAAAUUGAAUGAAAAUGGAACUGUCAUCACUUACAAUACUACAAGUGAAGAAUACAAUAUUGAACUUGUUGUUUCAUCAUCAAAUAGUAGUAGUGUAGUAUUUUUUGCAGGCGAAGAGAUCGUCAUUCCAUCCAGUGAUUCGAUCAAACAUAAUAUUAUUAUCAACCAAUAUUCUUUUGAAUCGUCGAAUUCAUCACUUGUGGUGAUUUAUCGAUUCACAUCGCCAAGUCAACUCGAAUAUGAUUGCGAUACUAAAGAUACGACCUACCAAUUUGACAGUUCAUCCGGAUCUUCAACAUUAAUCAAAUCGUAUAGUAUCGAUUCGCCAUUGGGAACAAUGAUGGCAUCGUUCAGUAAUCGUGCCAUACUCGAUAAUACCAAUACCAUUGUUACCUCGAUCCAAGCUGUUGCCUCGAUUGAUUCAUCUACUAAAUCAUCGGCAGGCGUUCAAUAUAUUGGCAUCCAAGUGCCAGCUUUUGAUCACUUUAUUGAAAUCGAUCCUGUAUUCUCUGCCACCCUCAAGACUGCUCCACCAACCAAAGAAUGCAUAGUAUCUGCAUCCUCUUCAUCAACUCCUUCCAUCUCCUUUGUAUUCUACUUUUCAUUUAUUAUAUUCUCAACAACAAUUGUUAUCUUUAAUAUCUUGUAG